AUGGAGCCCCCACCAAGUCUCCGCACCAUCCUUGCCCUUGGAGUAUUGAUAUUUCUUCCGCUUGUUAACUCCUGGCCGACCUCGGAUCGAACCCCAGACCUCCACAAGACUACUCUCGCCGACGACGUUUCCUUUCUUCUCUACGACCCAUGGCCUGCCCGCGUAGGUUUAGAACCACAUUAUGGCGGCCAGCGAACCCUGUGGCUCAGGAAACGAGAGUGCCUGGAGAACGGCAGUAACUACUGUUUUGCCGAGAAGGACGGCUUUUGCCCGGAUUGCGGAGGCACUACCGUCACCUCGACAAAGACGGUGCAGACGACUUUAACGCAUACCGAGGUGGAGGUCGUGACUGUGCAUUUGCAAGUCGAGGAGACCUUGACUGUUAACUCGAUCGUUACAACAACCAUCACAUCUGAUCAAGGCACCCAGACUGAGGUUACAUAUGUGACGACGACGCUGGUGGUGAAACGACAUGUUCCCGCUCUCACACCGGACGCCGAAUCCGCCACGCCGACCCGAGUAAAGGCAAGAAGCGAUUUGCCCUCCGGAGCUUUGGCAAGGACCUUUGUAGUCUUAUGGAGGGGGUUAAUCUUUGGCGGCAACCUCCACCCCCUGCUCGACGACAGCCUACCUAUCUCUCCAACCGAGGCAAGACAUUGUACACUUCGCAGCGCCUCGAAGUUACAGCGUCGCCAGAAUGAUGGCAGCACGUCAACUUCGACGGUCAUCGUCACCACCACUGAGGUAUCUCGAACUACCGUAAAAGACUCGAAAACUACGACGAAUCUCGAAACGACUACCAUCACCACCACUAUCUAUUACACGAGCACGAGAGUUGUCGGUGCGCGGGAAACAGUAUCCAGCACCUCAACGGUUACAGUCUCCUCUAAACAGCCCAAUACACGCACAAUAACGUCGACAAGCACGUUCCUCGUCGACCCAACCGAGAUGCCCCAAACUGGUAACACAUCACCGACCGACGCCCCAAAUUCGCAAACGGCUGCCGAAGACUCCAAGUCGAAGCGCCUCCCAACAGGUACCAUCGUCGGUAUCGGCGUCGGAUCGGGCAUUGCCGCCCUUGCCAUCGGCAUCCUCGUAUUCCUUCUCUGGCGGCGCUCCAAGAACAAGAAGCAAGCCCAGGGCGGGUUCCCGCCGGACUUUAUCCUCGCGCCCGCUCCCGCACCCAUCCCCCCUUCUCCCCGGAAGCGAAGCGGCACCUACCCUUCGUCUACGCCGUGGGCCAGACCAGCGAAUAGUUCCCCUCCCAGCACUCGGGGCCACAACCGGUCUAUAUCCGAGGCCACGACGCAGGUCCCCUCGUCCCAUGUGUCGGUGGAGCUUCAUGGAGAUUCUGCACCGAGGGGUGGAUGGCUGCCUUCGAGAGCCUUUGAUCCGCCGCCCGAGCAAACGGAGAGGCCGCAGAUGAGGACGAUUCCUCAUCCUAGUACAAGUACCGUGGGGCGAAUGACCAGAUUUGCAGAACUAGACACUUAA